AUGACAAAUAUUCUUUUAUUCAAUGAUGGCAUUGACAAUAAAAGCCCAGUUUUCAAACAUUCAUCAAAAUUAUUCGUACAAAAAGGUUAUUUUACAAUGGAAAAUGAAAUAAGUAAUGAAAAAGUUUGUAAAAAUAUUUCAAAUGGUCUUUCUAAAGUUGAAAAUUGGAAAAUAACUAUGAAUAAAUAUAGAAAAAAUGAUAUUUUUACAGAUGUUACAUUAUGUAAUAAUAUACGUGCACAUAAAUGUUUCUUAGCUACAGAGUCAAAAUAUUUUGAAAAAUUAUUUACUAAUCCAUAUAAUAAAGAUAAAAAUAAAUUUGAUUUUCCUAAUAUUAAUGAAAAUUCUAUGAAUGUUGUAAUUGAUUAUUUUUAUACAAAUGAGAUGAAAAUUGAUAAAAAUAAUGCUCAAGAGGUACUUAUUGCAGCAGAUGAAUUAGAAAUUAAACCAUUAAUUAAUUAUUGUCAAGAUAUAUAUAAUAAACAAAUUGAUAAAAAUAAAAGAUUAAGAAGUGAAUAUAUUGUAUCAAGAAACAAAAAAGAACUUUAUCUUUUUGGUGGUUUAUCAUGGAGUAGGACAGAAGGUUAUAUAACAGCUCCAACAGAAAUAUAUAAUUUAAAUGAAUCUAGUAGACAUUCAAAAGAACCAUAUUUAUCAACUAUUGAUAAUAAAAAAACACUUAAUCGUUUUGGAAAUACUUUAGCUACAUUUAAUAAUAAAAUAUAUGCUAUAGGUGGACAAAAUCAUGAUGAAAUAUUAAAUUCAAUUGAAAGUAUAGAGAUUGACUCACUUUCAGGAUCAUGGAAAAAAAUUGAUACAAAUUUUUGUUUUAAUUCAAAAUAUUUAGAAUCAGUAACUAUUAAUGAUAAGGUAUAUCUUUUUGGAGUUGACUCAAAUGACUAUAGAAAUAAAGAUUUUCACAAAGCAUUUCAUCUUUUAGAUUUAAAUUCAUUAAAAAUGACAUCUUUACAAUCAUUACCAUUAAAUUUAUAUACACCAGCACCUGUUUCUGUGAAUAAUACAAUCUAUGUUAUUGGUGAUGAUGUUGAUAGUAGUGGUAAUUCAUCAUGGAUAAGAAAAAAAAGUAUAUGUCAAGAAGGAAGUGUACUUUUAAGAAAUGAUAUAAGAUUAAAAGAAUGGGAAAAACUUCCUAGUACUACAUUUAGAAAAUUUGAAUGUUGUAUGGUAGUAUUUAAUGAUUCAAUAUAUUGUGUUGGUGGAGGAUAUCCACAUACAUGUGAAAUAUUUGAUAUUCGUGGAAAUUGUUGGAGAGAAAUGGCGAAUUCAAUGUCAGCAAGUUAUUAUUCAAAACUAGUCUUAUUAGAUGAAAAGAUUCAUAAAAUUGGUCAUAGUACUUUUAAUGAAAUGUAUGAACCAAAAAUUGAUGAAUGGAUAAAAACAGAAAGAAUAAGAUAUCCAAGGUUUGGUUUUAAUACAUUUUUAAUCUGA